AUGCAUCGCAGUCUCUUUUCCAUUUUUCUGCUGCUGCCGUUGCUGUGCUCUGCCGCAAAGGAAAAGGUGCUGCCUGAGCGUCAGGAUUCGAAGACGAACGACUACCUUACGACUGCUUUCGAGCUGUUCACAAAAUUAUCAGAGGGCAGCAAAAAAGGUGGCGCUGCAAUAGCCGCUAAAGUUGUGUCAGAUAACGUUGACAAGAGGGAGGAAUUCUUUCAAGCUGCUUACGCGACUCUCGACCGUUCUCCCUUCUCCGGAGUGCUCCCACGCUGCCUAUGUAAGGUUGCCAGUUGCGCGCUUGCCCCGUGUUAUUCGAUGUGUACACGCCGCGAGGCGGUAAACUCGGAUAUCUUCGACUGCUCCAGCUGUAUCGGGGAUUGCAUACCUAUGUUUAUGCGCUGCAUACUGAAGUUCAUAUUCUUGGCGCUGUUUGCCCUGCUACAGCCUGCUGCAAGCAUUGCGAACAUCCGUUCCCUCCUCGAGGAGAUGCGUACCAAGGAGGCAUCGAUAAUCGCAGACUCCAUAGAUGUGCUUCAGGAAGAGUACGACUACAGCGAGGAUGUGAUAAAAAAAGCUUUUGAACGCUGUAGAGAGGAGAGCGGCGUGUCGCUAGUGCCGUGCUUCAUCGACUCUCUUCACGUGCAAAAGCUGCUGCAUGAUCACAAGUAUCAUCUUUGCGCGUUCUACUAUGUUUUGUCAGUGGCAGCAGACUGUGCUGCCGAUUGUUUUGAUCACUACAACGUCAACUGUUUAACAGUAAGUCUUGCAAUUUGCGUUGGAAAACCCAUGCCAAGUUUCAUCAACUGCCUGAAGAAAGGUCCACACCAAUACUCUUCGUACAACAACGAAAGUGAGUCUUCGAAUGACGAGUAA